AUGCAGAUAGAAAUCUACCCUAGAAGUACUCGUCAACACACUAACCGCCAGACCAAAAACGGUAUAUCAGCCAAGCGACGGAGAGAUACGCGUCCCAACAGUCCUCAACGAAGCUCGACCGCGUCGAAGAUGAUGAACAUAGAAUCCAAAGCCAUGCCUGGUCGCUGGAGACUUGGAAUUCCCAAGAUUUGCUCGGUGACAUGA